AUGCUUGUCUUUCGUCCUCAAGAAGCUUCUUGUCAUGUCAAUCUCGAGUUAGAAAUGGCUGCCUCUAUUCCAAACAAGCCUAUGGACAGUGUCAACUAUUCUGACUGCGAAUAUAGCAGUAUUACCGGGGUCGAAACCUGCGCUGGGACGAAGAAAGAUGGAAGCAAAUGCGGCAAGAUGCUUGCCGUGGUUGUCAGAUAG